AUGACACGAUCUCGCGCAUUGGCCUCUCCACGGCCGUCCCUUCCACCAUCCCGUCAAAGCAACCAAAUCAUCACACCAGUCAAUUCUCAUGGAAAUUACAUUCGGCCGGAUAAUGACAGUCGACGAUCGCUAGCAAAACGAACUCGAGAUGAUACUACCAAAUCUGACAAUGGCGAGAAUGACAAGGAUGAAGAGGCCCCAGCCACCCAGUCCAAAACCCCCUCUCAGAUCUAG